AUGUCUGCCAACAGCACCCCCCAACCUGUCAAACUAUCGCUGCCGCUAGAAUACCAGCAGCACCUCUUCCAGGAACUCCGGAAGGAAGAUGAGCUCGUCGUUCUCGCAAAAGGCCUCGGCCUGAUGCGCCUGGUCACGAAUUUACUGCACAGCUACGAUGCAGCCGGCAACAACCUCAUCAUCGUGGUUGGUGCAGAAGACCGUGAGAAUGCCUGGCUCGGCGAGGCGCUGGCCGAGCAUGCGGCCAUCAGCAUGGCUCCCAAGGCCAGGGGCCUGACGGUGGUCAAUACGGAUUUCACGAGCGUGGCUGCCCGAGAAAGGAUGUACGCUCAGGGCGGAGUGUACAGCAUUACUUCGCGAAUUCUGGUCGUGGACCUCCUGACCACGCUGCUGGACCCGGAGCGCAUCACGGGCGUAUUGGUACUUCACGCAGACAAGGUCAUCGCCACGUCCCUCGAAGCCUUCAUUCUGCGCAUAUACCGGCAGAAGAACAAGGUUGGGUUCCUGAAAGCGUUUUCAGAUAACCCAGACCCUUUCACGAUUGGCUUCUCGCCACUGGCGACCAUGAUGCGCAAUUUGUUCCUUCGUAAGGCGUCGCUGUGGCCUCGCUUCCACGUGACUGUCGCAGGUUCACUGGAGGGCAAGAAGAAGGCCGAGGUCAUCGAGCUGGAAGUGCCGAUGACAGACUCCAUGCGAGAGAUUCAGCAAGCAAUCAUGGAAUGUGUCGAGGUGAGCAUACAGGAGCUCAAAAAGGGCAACACGGGCCUGGAAAUGGACGACUGGAAUCUCGACAGCGCCUUGCUCAAGAACUUUGACGUCAUGGUGCGCAGGCAGCUCGAUCCCAACUGGCAUCGGGUGAGCUGGAAGACGAAGCAGAUUGUCAGUGACCUGACUGUGCUGCGGAGCAUGCUGCACUCGGUCCUGGCCUACGACUCGGUUUCGUUCCUACAGCAUCUCGACACGAUACAUGCGGCCCACUCGCCUCAACCUGGGUCAACGCGUCAAACGCAACCACCAUGGAUGUUCCUCGAAUCAGCACAUACUAUAUUCAACACGGCAAAGCAGAGAGUCUACGCCAGCAAUGCGAAGCCCAGCGAGGAUACCACAAUCGACUCUCUGCGACCCGUCCUCGAAGAGCAGCCAAAGUGGGCUGUCCUGGGCGAGGUGCUCGAGGAGAUAGACCGGGAUCUCUACUUUGAGCCACCCCUGCGAGACGACUCGAACGGCACGAUCCUCAUCAUGUGCUCCGACACGGCUACAUGCCGGCAGCUGCGUGAGUAUUUGCAGUCAAUGCACGUCAGGCCGCCGACAGACGCCGAGAAGCAGGACGAUCCGGAUGCGCCCAAAGUUACUGCUGCUUUCAUGAUGCGUAAGAAACUUCGCCAGUACCUGAACUGGAAGCGGCAGUUUGCCCAGAUCAGCACCACACUCUUCUCGGACAACCAGAAGGCACUCGACGGCGCGCUGGACCCCAGGAUCGCAAAGGGCAACUACAAGGGCAAAGCCGCCCUAAACAAGCGGAGAAGGGUACGUGGAGGCGGCAACGUGGGAUCCGGCCCCAGCCGAGCCGCCAACGGCACUGUGAUCCAGUACUUUGAAAAGCCCAACGAAGUGUCGGAUCUGAUGGAUGAGAUCAAGAUCACCGAGGAGGAAGCUGCCGUCAAGGCCGACAUCAUAGCAGACCCGCUCGAGGAUAUGGAUGAGUUCUACGAGCUGUACGAGAUGCAGGACCUUGUGGUGAUCCACGCCUACGAGGGCGACCAGGACGAGCACAUCCUCGAGGAAGUCAAGCCGCGCUACAUCAUCAUGUACGAGCCCGACGCGGCGUUCAUCCGGCGGAUCGAGGUCUACCGCUCGUCGCACAAUGACCGCAACGUGCGCGUCUACUUUAUGUUCUACGGCGGCUCGGUCGAGGAGCAGCGCUACCUGGCCACGGUGCGCCGUGAGAAGGACUCGUUUACCCGUCUGAUCAAGGAGAGGGCGAGCAUGUCGGUAGUCAUGACGGUUGACGGCAAAGGCGUUGAGGAUCCGCAGGAAGCCUUCCUGCGCACCGUCAACACCCGCAUCGCCGGCGGCGGCAGACUCGCCGCGACUGCCCAGCCGCCCCGCGUGGUCGUCGACGUGCGCGAGUUCCGCUCCUCGCUCCCGUCCCUGCUGCACGGGCGCAGCAUGGUCAUCGUGCCCUGUAUGCUCACGGUGGGCGACUACAUCCUGUCGCCGCAGAUCUGCAUCGAGAGGAAGUCCGUGAGCGACCUGAUCAGCUCCUUCAAGGACGGGCGCCUGUACGCCCAGUGCGAGACCAUGUUCCAGCAUUACAAGUCCCCCAUGCUGCUCAUCGAGUUUGACCAGAACAAGUCCUUCACCCUGGAGCCCUUUGCCGACCUCUCGGGCAACCUCAAGUCGGUGAACCCCAACGAGGCUCCCUCGGACCUGCAGUCCAAGCUCGUCCUGCUGACCCUCGCCUUCCCCCGGCUGCGCGUCAUCUGGAGCAGCAGCCCCUACGAGACGGCCGAGAUCUUCGAGGCGCUCAAGACGCAGCAGGAGGAGCCGGACCCGAUCCAGGCCGUCCGCGCGGGCCUGGACAGGGACUCGCGCGCCGAGGACCAGGCGUUCAACCUCGAGCCCCACGACAUGCUCGCGGUCGUGCCCGGGGUGACGCCCAAGAACAUCAAGAACCUGACGCUCAAGGCCGAGAGCAUCAGGGAGGUGGCCAACAUGACUGUCGACGAGCUGGAGCCGCUCGUGGGGCGCGAGGCCGGGAGGCAGAUCUUUGGCUUCUUUGAUCGGAAUCUUAUUGAUGUAGAUGACUGA